GCUCCAAAAAUGGUGCGCUACUCCCUGGAUCCGGAGAACCCCACCAAAUCGUGCAAGUCACGGGGAUCCAACCUGCGGGUGCACUUCAAGAACACUCGAGAGACUGCCCAGGCCAUCAAGGGCAUGCACAUCCGCAAGGCCACCAAGUACCUGAAGGAUGUCACCCUGAAGAAGCAAUGCGUUCCCUUCCGCCGCUACAAUGGCGGAGUCGGGAGAUGCGCCCAGGCCAAGCAGUGGGGCUGGACGCAGGGACGGUGGCCCAAAAAAAGCGCGGAGUUCUUGCUGCACAUGCUGAAGAACGCGGAGAGCAACGCCGAGCUCAAGGUGGGCCACGUCGACGGUCUCGAGUGCGAAGCGUUGGUGUCGUGCG